UGCUGGAAAAGGCGCUGGACUCGCUGCAGCCCAUCACGUACGGGCCGGUACGGCACAAUCCAGUUGCCUAAGUUCUCCAUAGAGCAGAGCAUCGACCUGGAGAGCACGCUGCAGGAUCUGGGGAUGCGGUCGGCUUUCACAACCACUGCCGACUUCUCCGGCAUAACGUCGGUACCCAUCUACAUAGACAAGAUUAAGCAAAAGGUGUACAUUGAUGUCAACGAGAGAGGAACGGUCGCAUCCGCAGCAACCGCGGAAAGAUUUGUACUCUGUCGCGCGCCACGCGAGACCAGAGUCGAAUUUGCCGCCGACCGACCCUUUAUUUUCCUGCUGCGGCACGAGAGAACUGGCAACAUCUUGUUUAUCGGACACGUUGUUGAUCCAUCGGCGAAAUGAAGAAAAUUUUACAGCUUGCAAUAUGUUAACGAUAUUGCCGCAGUUUAAAUUAGCUUAAAUCACUUUAGGACGGGUAGUUUUUAUGUUCCCUUAGUAUUACAAACGUUACCUGUUCAGGUGACCUUUUCAGUAAUAUUAAUUUUGAUGCUAUGGGGCGCAGUAAUUUCGUACACUUUUGUAAAAUCCCGCGUAGAUCACACUGCCUCGUUUCCUCGUUUGCAGUACAGUGUAAACUGUGGCUGCAGUUCACAAGUACUGUUCCCCAUCACACGAUCCUUCAUAUUAUUGCCUGAAUACAUGUACGUGUUCUUCGAAGUAUGGAUAUUCCUACUUUAGCACUGGAUGAUACCUCGUAUUACCUACAGUAGUGCAGUUAUAGCACCAAACGCCUGUAGUACGAGUUAA